GCUGUCUUGAACCAUCUCUAUCGGGAAGUAUGUUGUCGUUGACGUACUUGUGACAUCCCACUCAAAGAGCCCCAAAUGCAACACAACACCUCCUAUUGUCGUCUCUACCGAAUCCUUCCAUCGCGAGAUCAAGGAUCCAGACCUUCAAUCCUCUUACUCAAGAAGAUCCUGAUCAUCAUUGAGACAUCUCAUCCUCUCCGCUGCCUACACAAGAGCUCCUCAAAACAGCCCCCAUCUCAACUCGCUCUCCUGAUUUUUGCGACCUUGCCUGGUGGAAAUUGAUGCACUGUGCCAGAUUGGCUUCUGAAACAGCGUCUUCAAGACGUCUACCAUAAUCCCCUUCUCCUCAUAUUAUGCAUACUUCAUGGGCUCCUGUUGUACUAACUCUUUCGCAGGCAUUCCUCGCCGGGGCCUUGCCAGCCCGUCGAGUCUUGGGUCAGUCAAAACGCCACUUUGAACGAGACUGCGAUUGCGACGAUCAGCUGUACCCUUUUGGCGAUGACACUCUAACCUCUCCUAUAACAGUCACAGCCGAUGGCGAGACUUUCAUCCGCGGCCCUCCCUGGCAGACAUCCCUCGUUUCUGACCUUUUACCGACCCUACAACCAACCACCAACAACGAUGCUGCAACCUCCACACAACCUUCGAGUCCCUUAGAAACCUCUACCAUCUCCACAGAGUCAGAUCAAUCCUAUGGACCUUCAACAUCUCCUACACUCUCAGCUGCAGAAACGACUGGCUCGUCUGCGGCCCCUUCCACUAUCGCCUCACCCACUUAUACCUCAGAAAUCACUUAUGUAAAUCCAAAUCUAAGCUUCGGGACUGCUACCAUCACCGAUUUGCCUAGUUCACAAGAUCCUACCGCAACUUCGGCAGCAAAUCCCAAUCCUGAUACAACUGGUUUCAUCAAUACCACCCUCCAAACUGGUGGUAGACCUCCGGUUCAGCCCUUUCCCACAGGUAAUAUCACUGUCUCUUCGCCAACAUUAGAGCCUCUGGACAGCACAGCCCCGUUUGGGACAGAUACGGCAACAGAGUCGCCGAGCAGCAUCACCGAGACUUUGACACUCCCAGUGACCACUUUUGAAACAGUCGUUGUGAACUCCACCAUUGUCAACAUCCCAGUCCCCACGACUACUGUGGUCACUGCGAUCACGGUUAUCAACACAACGGUAACCUCGGACGGCAGUCUGGUCUCCACUUCCACUGUGGGGACUACGGUGAUUACGACGUCCGGAACCGCCAUUAUUGAAACCAUGAUCUCGGCGUCCUCCACAAUCACAGAAACCGAAGCGAUAACAUUGACAACGGACGUCACAGCAUCUGUACUUCCAACCGCAACUUCGACGUGUCUAUUACCCAUGGGCUGUUCAGGACAAGAUCUCUUCCAGCCUGUUGGCCUCGGCUCGCCGCCUGCAAACAUUGGCUGGAGAGAUGACCAUCCAGUGCCACGCCUGGGUAUCAACACAGAUGGAGGACCGAUUGAAACCAACAAAUUCUAUCAAAACAUCGUUCUUGGCUCACAGACCUCACCGGUGUUCAUGAUGCCGUACAGUUUGCGAUGGAGCAAAGGCAGCGGCAACGCUCGAAGCUGGGGCCUGGCCAUCUCCCACAUCGACAACAAUCAAAAGGCCUAUGGCCCUGCCAAUCCCAGCAUCCCUGGCUCUCCGAGUUCCUUUUACAUCAAUCCGCUAGGCAUUGAAUCAAUCAUACUGUCAGCUGCUGAGCUUGGCCCGAACACUGUCAUGACAUCGGAUUCGCUCCUGGCUUUUUCGGCCAACGUUCACCUUCAACCGGCCCAAGGAUCGGCCUCGAUUCUUACGCUCCCACUGGUCCAAGGAAUGGCAUUUGUCACAGCCCACUAUGCUGAUCUCCAACCAGAGAUUCAGAGUAGCGUAUUCUUCAGAAACAUUGCAGCCGCAGUUCCUCCAAAGCCUGGCGUCUACAAAUACAGGGUGACCCUGGAAGACGGCAAGAUAUGGUUGAUCUAUGCCAUACCUAGCAGCGGAGUUUCUCCUAACCUCUUGCUCCUGUCGAGUACAAUGUUGCAGGGUAUUCCCAACUGGUUUGGUGAUAUUCAAAUCGCCAAACUUCCAGAUCCAUCGCUUGAAUCGUAUUAUGACGAUGCUGUGGGAGCUUAUCCCACGGCUGGUCAUGUCUCAGGCAACGCCCAAGGAACAACUGCUCAGUAUAGUUUGUCCUGGACAAAGGGCGGUGCUUUUGCGUCCAAUACCAGCCUCUUGAUGUUUGCCCUGCCGCAUCAUGUGCAAUCGUUUGAAUCAUCCACUCUCAGAAACGUCACCAAUUUGGUCUUGACCACACCCACCAAAGGUGAGGCGACUGCGGUCGUGGGUGAUUACUGGGUCCUCGAAGAAACCGAACUUCCGACGUCCAUGGCCUUUGCUCCAUGGAGACCAGGAAGCCCACAAGCCCAAUCCACAUUGUCACCUGCUGCCAUUGCUGCGAUACAGGGUGUUGCUGCCGCUGAAGCUUCGCAAAACAUGUCUGCGCAGUCAAAUCUCAACAGCAUGUACUUCAGUGGUAAAGCUCUCAGCAAGUUCGCGACAUUGAUCUACACCAUGCAUGAUCUCAGCGACCAACAGGAUCUGGCAAGAGCUGCACUCCUUGAGCUGGAGGAUGCGUUUGAUGUUUUUGCCAGAAACCAACAAGAGUUCCCUCUGGUCUACGACACGGUGUGGAAGGGGCUUGUGUCCUCGGCCAGUUAUGUUUUGCACGACGAUGGUGUCGACUUUGGCAACUCGUACUAUAACGACCACCAUUUCCACUAUGGCUAUUUCAUCCACGCUGCAUCAGUCAUUGGUUAUUUGGAUCCCACUUGGUUGACGCGCAACAAAGACUAUGUGAAUGCUCUGGUACGCGACAUUGCUAAUCCAAGUUCAUUGGAUCAGUACUUCCCUGUAUCGCGAGCAUUUGACUGGUACCAUGGACACUCGUGGGCCAAAGGGCUUUUCGAGUCUGGCGAUGGCAAGGACGAAGAAUCUUCUUCGGAAGAUGCCAUGUUUGCCUACAGCUUGAAAAUGUGGGGUCGAACGAUCGGUGAUGCUUCAAUGGAAGCGCGAGGAAACCUAAUGCUGAGUGUUAUGGCACGAAGUUUCCAGAACUACUUCCUCAUGGAGUCGGACAAUCCUAAUCAACCAGCGUCCUUCAUUGACAACAAGGUGACGGGCAUCUUGUUUGAAAACAAGGCGGACCAUGUCACCUACUUUGGAACGGAUCUGUCGUAUGUCCAGGGAAUUCAUAUGAUCCCGGUCAUGCCAUGUUCGACAUUGACAAGAAAACAAAGCUUUGUGCUGGAAGAAUGGAUUGCUUACUUUGCUGACGGAGCAGUGCGGCAAGUGAUUGAUGUACAAGGAGGCUGGAGAGGUAUUAUUAUGGCGAAUCUGGCUAUUAUUAACCCUCAAGCAGCGUUCAAUUUCUUCACGACGCCCAACUUUGACAUGAGCUGGAUCGAUGGCGGAGCAUCUCUGACGUGGUACAUUGCACUGAGUGCCAUGUUAGGAGGUUCGCCUUGAUGGGGAGGAAGAUGGCCACAGGUAAUGACUAACGAGCUAGACAAUGAUUUGCAGCAUAGCGAGCGGGAUGGUUUCGGCGGAUAGAAUUGGGACGGCGUCGAUCAUGGGAUUUGUGUACUGGUAGGAAGGGGGAGUGGGGUUCUAAGGGUGUAAGAGAGUAGAAGAGUCCCUCAAAGGUAGUCAACACAAUGAAGAUGGUGAUGAUGAGUAAUUA